AGUGGGGCGGGUGGAUUCUCCAUAUAUAAGAGCCGGUGUCCUCCAGCCAAUUUUCAUGCAGUUUGCUUCACGACUUCAUGUCGUCAAUGCGACCGCCGAUUGCAUUCUCCUCAAGUGCAUUGAGCUCAGACAUUUCUGUCGCAUUAACUUGAGAUUUUUUAAUAUUUUUGUGUGUGUGCCUUUGAAGAUUUUCAUAAUGAAUUACUGCAUGUCAGACAUGUAUGACAUAGGCCACGGUGUGAGCGGGGGAUAUGCGGUGCCUCCGGGAGGCGAGUAUUGCAUGUACGCUGGAGAAGGGCCCGGUUUCACCCGCUGUGAGCCGCAGCCGUUACACCACCAUCCUCCCAAUAUGGAGCAGGCCUGGCCGCCCAGCCAGCCCUAUGGGUGCCCGUUCACUGGGGGCAACCCUGUGUUCAAGAGCGAGUUGUGCUCUAUGGAGGUGCCUCUCAGUCACUACCAUCAACCAGACUACUACUCCGAUGGCAGGCCGGACUUCUCUCAGAUGCAGUGGAUGCAGGGGCCACACAGGAAAGGUUACAUACCAAGUUACCUGGACAAGGAUGAGCUGUGUGUUGUGUGUGGGGACAAAGCGACUGGUUAUCAUUACCGCUGCAUUACCUGUGAGGGCUGCAAAGGGUUUUUUCGACGCACAAUUCAGAAGAACUUGAACCCGACAUACGCGUGCAAGUACGAGGGCAAGUGUGUCAUUGACAAAGUCACACGCAACCAGUGCCAAGAAUGUCGCUUCAAGAAAUGCAUCACUGUCGGCAUGGCAACAGACUUGGUGUUGGAUGACAGUAAGCGUCUGGCCAAGCGGAAGCUGAUCGAGGAGAACCGAGAGCGGCGGCGGCGCGAGGAGCAGCAGAAGACGGUGUGGGAGCGACCCGAGCCCACGCAGGAGGAGUGGGAGCUGAUCCGGGUCGUCACUGAGGCCCAUAUGGCCACAAACGCCCAAGGCAACCACUGGAAACAGAAGCGCAAAUUCCUGGUCGAGGAAGCAAUGCUACUUAAUGAAAUAACAUGUAAUUUAUUCUGUACUUCUGACCAGAGUGCAGUGGGGGUGAAGGAAGCCAAGCCCGAGGACAUCGGUUCUGCGCCCAUCGUCAACGCACCAGAGGGAAGCAAAGUGGACAUAGAAGCCUUCAGUCAGUUUACAAAAAUUAUCACCCCCGCCAUCACUCGUGUUGUGGAUUUUGCCAAAAAGUUGCCCAUGUUCUGUGAGCUGCCUUGUGAGGACCAGAUCAUUUUGCUGAAAGGCUGCUGUAUGGAGAUCAUGUCUCUGCGAGCGGCAGUGCGAUACGAUCCCGAGAGUGAGACUCUGACGCUGAAUGGGGAGAUGGCUGUCACACGGGGCCAGCUCAAGAACGGGGGUCUAGGCGUGGUCUCCGAUGCCAUCUUUGAUCUGGGUGUCUCGCUGUCCUCCUUCAACCUGGAUGAUUCGGAGGUGGCGUUGCUUCAAGCCGUGAUUUUGCUUUCAUCGGAUCGUCCAGGUUUGACGAGCGUAGAACGGAUAGAGCGCUGUCAGGAGGAGUUCCUCUUGGCCUUCGAACAUUACAUCAACUACCGCAAGCACAAGGUGUCUCACUUCUGGCCCAAGCUGCUGAUGAAGGUGACAGACCUGCGCAUGAUUGGUGCCUGCCAUGCCAGCCGCUUCCUGCACAUGAAGGUGGAGUGUCCCACGGAGCUCUUUCCGCCCCUCUUCCUGGAAGUGUUCGAAGACUGACGGCUAACCAGUCAGGCCAAGCUGCUCCCACCAACACAACCUCCACAGAUCCGACCUCCCACAGACUCCGUCUCCCUGUUCCCGGUCACAUGACUCUGUUCUAGCACUACUGAGCAUCAAUUCAUUCCAUAGUUUUAGGAGUAGCUCUCUGGCCUAUUUUGAAUGGAACCAUUCCUUUUACAAAGCGGGUACAUGUGAAUAGCGUUACAGUUUUUUUUUUUGUUCACUCUUUGUAAAAAGAAAAAUCAGCUUCCUGUUACUCUAGGUUUUUUUUCCGAUGUUAAAUUGUUUUAUUUCUGAUCAUAGUCUUUGAUGCCACUUAACAGAGAUGUAUGAACUAUGCAUUCGGGUUUCACCUCAGAAAGGAGAUGAAGAACACCACACUGCGAAGGAAGACAGCAAUAUUUGGUUUCCUUUCAUGUCCCUUAUCUGUUGGUCUAAAGGUCUUUUCAUGCUCACAUUAAGCCAUAGAUUGUUUAUAGUUCUGGUCCAAACCCCAGUAAGCUCCCUGCCUAGACAACAUUUCAAGACAAAAUAGGAGCAUCCUUAUACUGAGACUACAUCACAAACGAGGGCUCUUGAAUAUCGCAGUUGUGUUUUCUAGACAAGAUCACUACAUGGAAAGCAAAUUGUGACUUGACCAGGAGUCAGGUUGAGGUCGGAGAGACAUUGCAUUUUGGUUGAGAAUGAAAAUUGGGUUGAUGUCAGUAUUUGACAUCAAAUUGACGUUGACUUAAUGUUGGAUUUUGGUUACACAACCUAAAAACAACAAAUAUCAACGUCAGCUGAUGUCGGUAUUGAACAUCAAAUUAACAUUUACAUUAGACAUUGAAUUUUGGUCACCUGACAUCGCAACCCAAAUUUAACCAAAUGUCAGCGUCUUACAACGUUGUGUGCCUGCAGGGAAAUGUUCCUGCUUGUCUUGAGAGUGAAAUCACAAUAAUAUUACAUCUCAUCUUCCUCACUGCUCUUCACAAAAUUAUUUUAUUGCUCUGUACUCUUGUGCAUUCGUAUCUUGUGUUUUCUCUGACAUUUUAGGAGAAACAUCUGGAAAAAAAAAACUUGUAGAAACCACUGGGAAUUCCAGAAAGCAACCUCAGAGCAAUAAAAUGGUCAUGUGAACAGUAGGAAUAAAAUUAUACUGCCUUCUAAUGUCAGGAUUUUCAAAGUUUUCAGAUCACUGUUCCUUUCACACUACACAGGUUUUUUUUUUUUUUUUUUUUUUUUUUUUAUUUGCUGGGUUCACACAUUGCACAAUAUUUCAUUAGGAAGAAUCUCUAACAAUGCGUAUUAUUUACAAAAUGCAUGCAUGAGAUCGAUACAGAGAAUGAUCUCUCAUUGGCUGUAGAUCGUCGCUGAUGUCAUUUCCAGUCAAAACAUGCUGCAAGACUCUGAGGCUGCGUUCCAGUUCAUUUUUUUAUGCCCUUCACUCGCUAACUUCCCUCCAUCUCAUUUACUCGGAUGUCAUUGAUUACAUUGCAUAAGUGCCCACUUCUGGUGGAACCCUUGGAAUGGGCUGAAUUCUAAUGCCCUAAACCCUUGAUCACUUAGAAACCGCUAUUGACUUGGUUUAUUGUUUACAUUUUUCUUAAUAUUAAUUUGUUUGGUGCAGCAUUCUAUACGUAUAUAGGUAUGCUUGGGCUGUUAUAAAUGUAAAAAAAAUUAUAAUAAUAAUUUAUAUAGGUGUGAUGUUUGGGGUGGGGAUAAAUUAAACACGAUCUACGAUGACAUCGUAAUCGUGUUGCAUUGUGGUCUGUUGAGUGGUCUGAAGUGUCAAAGCCACUAGAAGACAAGGCUGCAAGCAUUAGCUGAAAAAGCGUAACGGCUAAAGCUAACGCUUCCGGUCUAGCAGUACAAUGGAGGAGAGUCUUCGCUAUGCUGAAUAAAGUUUUUUUUUUUUUUUUUUUUUAAGGUAAACGGCUUAUCAUUUAAUGAAUCGACAGCCUAUCUGCUAAUGUUCAACAUGUUUAACACUAAUCAAUACUUUUUAACUAUUUAACUAUUUUUAGACUUUACCAUGAAAAAAAAAAUGCUGUUUAAUAAGAGAACUCACUGACUUUUUUGCAACUGCUGGGAUUCGGCUUAUGGCACUUCUCAUUCAUUCCUAUGGGAUCCGUAAACGGCGACUGAGUGUCGCACAACUCUGACUGAAAUUCAGUGACGUCAAGGCUGUAAUGUGAUUGGUUAUUAAGGCACACAUGAUCCAAGUUAGCCAUUAUGCUUUUUCCAAUAGUAAGUAAUACAGACCCUCUCAUCUCCCUACAGUAAGACAAUCUCUGUGAAUUGUGCAUAUGAAGCAGACUCGCUCCCUCUGUCAAAAUCGAAGGGUCGAGGGUCUGUCCAUAUAAACUUCCCUUGUCCACUUAGCGAAGUGGAACGCACUUCAGAAUGGCAGUGGGGAUUCCCCCAAAGGGGAAGUGCCGGGAAGUUCACGAGUAAGUGGAGUGGAAUGCAGCCUGAGUCACAGACAGGUCCAGAUAAUUAGCCUUCUAAACAUUUUUGGGCAUUGGCAAUACAUCUGUGCUUCUCUCAAAUCACGUCUUUGAUGAUACACACUAUGCGAUCAUCGCUCAUGUGAUCGAGCACCGAUUUGCCUCACAUUUCAGAUGUAUAUCAGUGAUCUCUAGAAAACCUGGAGUUGGACUAAAAUCGUGUAGAAUAUACCUUGCUUAAGAUACCUUUUUUUUUUUUCAAGGCAGUAUUGCAUUUGUGAUGUGUCCUUUGUUGUGUUGUCUACAUAUGCUUUUUUUCAAAGCAGUUCACUGGGUUUUGGAAUCAGAACUGUUUUCUAAAAAAAUAACAAUUCAAAAUGGCAAGGUGACAUGUCAGUCUUGGUGGUUGUGCCCUUGAGUAAAAUCCUGUUUCUUUAUUAGUGGACCUAAAAGCUUUUGGACAGACAGACCUUAAUGAUACCUCCACAGUUAGAGUUCACGUAAAUGAGGAAAUUCAUAAGAGGGUUUUUUUUUUUUUUUGGAUGAUCUCAAAUGUUGAUCUCCAUCAACUUUAGCCCUUAAAGAAAAGAUAGCCUCUAUCCAGCAGCCAUUAACGUUAGUUCAUAAUGCCUCUAUUAAGGUGCCAAAAACCUCCAUAAAAAAAUCUGUACUCUGUUUGGUCUUGUGUCGAGCUGCUCGCAGGAACUUGAGGUCAUGAUUUUUUACCCAUCCGUCGCUAGAUCUUUGACCCGCAGGGAUGGAACUCUAUUCAGUUGAACGCUUCUUCUCUUCUAUAGCUGUCACAUGAUAGACCAAGGCAAUGCUUCUGCUUGAACUUGUUGGUGCUAUGAGUUUGCCGAUUUAUACCUCCGGGAGUGCUGUCAGUUAACCUCGGAAUCGUCUGGGUGAUUGACAAGCGCAAAUACACAAAACGCUGAGGUCAGUGGUCAACCCUGCGACAAACAGGGAUGCUUUCGGAUGCGUCUGUGAUUGUUGUUUCAGCCGUUCUCGUUUCUGUCCUGGUUUUCUUCUUUUACUGUAGUUUUUAAUCUUUCUAGAGACGUCCUUGUGUGCUGCAAGAGAGUUUGAAUCUCACAUACCUCUACUGAUUAUCAGGAACCGCAGUUUCUUUUUUUUUUUUUUGCUGUUGAAAGAUGGACAUGAAUUCAGAGUUUCACCUCAAAACGCAGAGCAUGUUCAAUCAGUGUUUUGUUAUAGUGAUACCUUUUGUAAGCAAUAGAAUUGCUCCAGUGGUUUUACAUGUUUUGGAUAACACAUACAAACGUACACGCCAACGUAGAUAUUUACAGACUCAAAGUCAUUGCACAGACAAUCAAUGUGUUCGCAGAGAGUGUUAUAGAAAGGGCCACAGCCAGGGUCCAAAAUGAAUACUUUGCCACACAUGUCAGUUUACUCUUCCCCAAGCUCCUCACCACUUUAGUAAUGGUUGCUUGCUCAGACAAGCUUUACAGAAUGUCCCAUACAAACAUGCCCAGGUUAAAUUUGUUUUACCAAUUGUGUAAAAUUUCAUUUACAGCUUUCCACAAAUGAAUUUAGUUGCAAAAAAUAAAUACAUGAAAACCACAAUCUGUGACAUAUUAUUCUUUUAGUAGUUUGUAUAUAUUUGAUUUUAAUUUCUCACGCACGUGAGAUUCAGAUUGUCCGUUUUUACAAUUCGAUUUAAAUCAUGCAUUAUGUGUAUUGUCUUAUGCAGUUGACAAAGCCAAGUUUUGUUUUCUUUUCUUUGUGUCAGCACUUGGCAAAUGCUAGUUUAGGACCCUGGCCACAGAUCAACCAGACACGCUGGGAGUCAGUACUAUUUCCUCUGAGCGCAUAGGUAAAAAUCAUAAAAUAAAAUACACAAACGCACUACAAAAAUAAAGAUAUUUAUGGUGGAAGGAAAGAGGCUGUAUUUUUUCAGACUGCAGAUAUUUUUUACAUGUUAUAUGCACAAUAUGAACACUUUUGAGCAGUUUUGCAACAAGGAAACAAAAGACUGUCUUUUUUCAAAAAUCUCUCACCAUUCUCAAACAGAAACCAGAGACCUGUUUUUUUAACAAUCUCUCUUUAAUGAUCUCUCCUUAGUGUGCGUUUCAUCAUUCCAAAUUUGUUGUUUAACCAUGGUAAUGACAACUAAUGUAUGCUAUCUAAUAACUACAACAGCAAAAAAAUCUGACCAGAUCUCACCAAGCUGAACCGAAACAAUUACAGCACAUGUACUUCUGUUUCUAUGUGUCUUAGUUAACAUUUACCUGAUUAGUCCACAGUAUGCUGGUGGCAUGAAUAAGUGAAUUUUGAAUGUGAAUCAGUGAAUCAGACAAGAAAAUGCAUUUUACUUUCUCUUCUUCAGUAUUUUUUUUUUUUUUACCAAAACGAACGUAUUGCACAAGCCUGCUGUGUGACAGUGGAGCCUUGAAUGAUGUGAUUUGGAUAUCCUGGAAGAGACGCUGCACUAGAAAAUAAUCCUGGAUUUGGCAAAAGAUGAUGAUGACAGCGAUGACAUUUGCACCUAAGGUGAAUAGGAGAAUAAAGAUGGUUUUGAGAAACCCCUG